GCCAUCGUUUUGUUUGUAGUAGUUUGUUUGUAUUUGUUUGUUGUCGACUAGUUAGUGGAAAGCGCAUAAAAAUAACAAAACUUUAAGGCAUGUUAAAAUUAUAUUCUGUACUUGUUAUAGUCUUAGGAUUUUGGAAUCGAGCCAUUUUAAUUCUAGUAUUUUAGGAUACAAUAGGCUAAUAGACGUUUCCUUUGUUUUAUCAAAAAUCUUUAAAUUCGCUAAAAUGGCUCGUACAUCAGCGAAGGCCAAGAAACAAAAACAAGAUGUAAACAAAACGAAACCUGAAGAAACUGAUACAAACGAUAAUGAAAAACAGGAAGUGAAUCCUAAUAAUGAUAAUGAAGAUACUAAUGGUUCUACUGACAAGGAAAAUGACAACUCAAACUAUGAAGUUGAGAAAAUAGUUCAUACAAGAGUGUACCACGGCAAGAGGCAGUUCCUGGUGAGAUGGAAGGGCUACAAGGAAGACAAUGACACUUGGGAGAACGAGUCAGUGUUGCAGUCUUGCUCAGAGGUUCUGGAUGCUUUCAAGUUAGACAAUCCAAAACUGAUUGAGAAGGUCAAGGAAGAAUCGGACAGCGAGUCUGAUGAAGAAAGCAAUGCUGAAAAAGGAAAAAAGAGGACCAAAAAACGAAAUAAAAAACCAGCCAAUAAAAAGGCAAAAAAAAGGUCAAAAUCAAAAACUGAAGUUACAUUACAAAAAGAGGAUGAAGAUAAAAGUGACAGUGAAGAUGUUGAUGUAAAGAAAAAAGUCAGUAAAGGAGCCAAAAAAGAUUUGUCAAAAUCAAAACAGGAAACAAAAGAAUCACCGGACAAAAACAGAAAAUUCUCAGAGAAGGAUGAUGAUGAUGAUGAUGAUGACAGUGUUGAAUCAGUUACUGAUGGGAAAAAUUAUGAGGUAGAGAAGAUUCUGGAGGUGCACACUCGUAAGAAUGGAAGCAGAGAGUUCCUGAUUCGCUGGAAAGGCUAUCGGCCCAGUGAUGACACCUGGGAACCUGAAGAACAUCUGGACUGUCCUGAUCUCAUAGAGAAGUUCAUGGAGAAGGUGGACAAGGCCAAGAGUGUGCCAGCGAGAGAACUAAGAGAGUCUAGAACUCCGACCAAACGAUACGUACCCAACAACAGAGGCCAGCACAGGACAAGUCAGCGACAGGGAGGUGUCAGACCGUGCUAUCAGGAAUAAUGCCAGUGCAUUCAGAAAGAUUUGUAUUAUGACUAAGGACAUAAAUAGUUUUAUUAUUAGGUAUGUUUGUCUGUCGUUCUAAUGUACCCAAAAAAUACAAAUGUUCUUCAAUUUUAUCUCAGAUGAAUUUUUUGUUCUCAUUAGGUGAAAGAACUAUAGACAACCAAACAAUUGUUUUAAAAUAAUUUAUUUAUGCCCCUGAGUUACUUUUUAAUUAUGCGUAAUAAUGUAAAAAAUAGUAAAAUUAAGUACAGUGCAACCUUGUUGUCUAGUCAGGCUGCAGCCGAUCCGACAUAACGAAAAUCUGUGUUAAACAGAGAAUAAUUAAGAAAUAAAGAACAUCAUGUACAAACAAUACAACAUUUGUUUACUGCGGAAAGAACACAAAUACACAUCACGAAA